GAGCUGAAUACCGUGGCUUCUGAACUGGCAGCGCGGCAGGAAGAAAGCGAACAUUCUCAUAAACAUUUAAUUGAACUCAGCCGGGAAUUUAAGAAAAAUGUACCUGAGGAAGUGCGAGAGAUGGUGGCUCCUGUUUUAAAAAGCUUCCAGGCAGAGGUGGUCGCUCUUAGUAAAAGAAGCAAGGAAGCAGAAGCCGCGUUCCUGACUGUUUACAAGCAGAUAAUCCAAGCGCCAGAUCCUGUCCCCGUCCUGGAAACGGCACGAAGCCUAGAAAACCGGCUGCAGCAGCUGCAUUGCCUCAGCCCAGAGAACCCGCCUUUGAAAGAACUGAACAGACAGUGGAAGAAGAACUCAGAGCUCCUGUGCCCAAAAGAGCAGAGGGAAGGGACACCUCCAGCAGGGCUCGCUGGGCCGGAGGGAGCCAAGCUCACGAGCCUCAGCAGCAAAGCACUCCUGACGGAAAACCUGCUGCAAAGAAAUGAAGUUGAGAAGCAAAAGGGCCUACAAGAAGCACAGAUCAGUUUGGCUGCUCGGCUGGGGGAAGCAGAAGAAAAGAUCAAAGUCCUACAUUCAGCACUAAAGGCAACACAGACGGAACUGGUCGAUCUGCGUUGCAAGUAUGACGAAGAGGCUGCUUCGAAGACAGAUGAAGUGGCCAUGAUCAUGACGAAUCUUGAAAAAGCCAAUCAGAGAGCCGAGGCCGCCCAGAGGGAGGUGGAGAGCCUGCGGGAACAGCUCGCAUCUGUCAACAGCUCCCUGCGCCUGGCCUGCUGUUCUCCGCAGGGACCCAGUGGGGAUAAAGUGAACUACUCCUUGUGUCCGGGGCCGCGGCUUGAAGCAGCACUGGCAGCGAAGGAUCGGGAAAUCCUCCGUCUUCUCAAAGAGAUUCAGCAUUUGCAAACCUCCAUGCAGGAGCUGGAAGAGUCUUCGGCCAAUCAGAUUGCAGACCUGGAACGGCAGGUGGCAGCUAAGAAUGAGGCCAUCGAGAAACUGGAAGACAAACUAAGAGCCCAGUCAGACUACGAGGAGAUCAAGACUGAACUGAGCAUCUUGAAGGCGAUGAAGCUGGCCUCCUCCAACUGCAGCCUUUCGCAGAGCAUAUCAAAGCCCAGCGAUGCUUUGCUUCUGGGAAAAGAGACCUUCUAUCCAUCUCAGAAGUACCUUCUGGAAAAACCCAGCCUUGGCCACAGUACUGAGGAGGACCCCUCGGAGGACGAAUCGGUGAAGGACUCCAUGGGCAUGGACCAAUCCUACUCUUCCCCUCAACGGCUUUCGCACACGCCCAGGGACGACUCUGCCUCCCCCACCCUUGUCCAGCCCCUGUUGGGUCCUGCCGUGGCUCAGGAAGUACCAAGGACUUGCUCACUGUCUCCUUUCCCUAGCCUGGGCGCCACUGAACGGAUAUCCUUGGACCCCCUUCUCCCUAAACAGAUGGGGCCUCCAGCGUACAAGAACGAAAAUAGUGGCGUGAUGUCUUUCCCUUCCCCUUUCUAUGCCGCCAAAGGGGCAGUCUUGUCUGGCAACCCCAGUCAAACCGUCCCAGCCAACGAGGCCAGCCCACCCAGCGACCAAUCCGAAGGCAGCAGUUCUGCUUCCGCCGAGGAGGAGCAUCUGGAUACGGCCGAGAUUGCUUUCCAAGUGAAGGAGCAGCUCCUCAAACACAACAUUGGCCAGCGUGUCUUUGGGCAUUACGUACUAGGCCUCUCUCAAGGCUCCGUCAGCGAGAUUCUGGCCAGGCCGAAGCCUUGGCGCAAGCUCACGGUCAAAGGAAAAGAGCCGUUCAUCAAGAUGAAGCAGUUUCUCUCCGAUGAGCAGAACGUCUUGGCUCUGAGGACAAUUCAGGUGCGCCAGAGAGGCAGCAUCACGCCCAGGAUUAGAACGCCGGAAACCGGCUCCGACGAUGCCAUCAAGAACAUCCUAGAGCAAGCCAAGAAGGAGAUUGAGUCACAGAAAGGAGGGGACACCAAGAACUCCUCAGCGCCCCAGGCUGUCGCCAACGGCACGAGCAACUCGGAGGAUGCCAUCAAGAACAUUCUGGAACAGGCCCGCCGGGAAAUGCAGGCGCAGCAGCAAGCCCUGCUCGAGAUCGAGUCGGGCGGCUCCAGCAGGCCCCUUGCCACGCCACCCGCAGAACGCGCCACUCUGGCCGCCGUCAGCGAGAACAUCGUCCAGGCCUACAUCAAGCAAGAGGAGGGCCUUCUGGGCCCAAACGCCAGCGGCAGCAUGGCCCAGGCGCCCCUGACGGUGCUCUCCCCGGCCGCCUUUGUGCAGAGCAUCAUUCGCAAGGUCAAGUCUGAGAUCGGGGAUGCCGGCUCGUACUUCGACCAGCACUGGGCAUCGGAGAGGAGCUUGCUGAGCCGCCCUUACCCCUCGGUGUCACCCUCCCUCUCCUCCUCUUCCAGUUACUCCAGCAUGGCCAAUGGGCGGGGGUGGCAGCGGGGAGAAGCUGGCGACACCGUCGCAAACGAAGAAGACCUCCCCACUUCCGAGGACGAGCCACACAGGGCGCUAGAGGUCAAGUCGGAAGGGGGCAGCUCGGAGGCCCAGAGCUCCAGCCGCCUGGCUUAUUACCCGGCUUAUGUGCCCAGGACCCUAAAGCCCACUGUCCCGCCCUUGACGCCGGAGCAGUAUGAAAUGUACAUGUACAGGGAAGUGGACACCUUGGAGCUGACCAGGCAAGUCAAGGAGAAGCUGGCCAAGAACGGGAUCUGCCAACGUAUCUUCGGGGAAAAGGUGCUGGGGUUAUCACAAGGGAGCGUGAGUGACAUGCUGUCGCGGCCUAAGCCCUGGAGCAAACUCACCCAAAAAGGGCGCGAACCGUUCAUCCGGAUGCAGCUGUGGCUCACAGACCAGCUCGGCCAGGGGAUCAGCCAGCAGGCCGGCCAGCCUCAUGCCAGUCCCGGGGAGGCCCAGUCUUCUCCCUCCCCACCACCCAGUCCUUCUGAGCAAGAGAAAAGCCCCCAGGAACCAUUGAGUCUGACCUUGGAAAGCAGCAAAGAAAACCAGCAACCGGAGAGUAGGUCAGCUUCCUCGCUGAGCGGGAAGGUUUGUCCCAACAGCCAGGCAUCUGUGGGCAUCCAGGAAAUUGUGGCCAUGUCUCCGGAGCUGGACACGUACUCCAUCACCAAGAAGGUCAAGGAGGUCUUGACAGAUAACAACCUCGGCCAGCGACUUUUUGGAGAGAGUAUUCUGGGUCUGACCCAGGGAUCAGUCUCUGACCUCCUUUCGAGGCCCAAGCCGUGGCACAAACUGAGCUUAAAAGGGAGGGAACCCUUUGUCCGUAUGCAGCUGUGGUUGAAUGAUCCACACAACGUUGAAAAGCUCCGGGACAUGAAGAAGUUGGAGAAGAAAGCAUAUUUGAAGCGCCGCUAUGGACUGAUCACUACCAGUUCAGACAGCGAGUCUCCCCACACCCGCUCCGAAUGCCCCAGCCCAAGCCUCCAGUCCCAAGAUCUUAGCCUCCUGCAAAUGAAGAAGCCCAGAGUGGUCCUGGCUCCAGAAGAGAAAGAGGCCCUCAAAAAGGCCUACCAGCUGGAGCCGUACCCUUCCCAACAGACCAUUGAGUUGCUCUCUUUCCAGCUGAAUCUCAAGACCAACACCGUGAUCAACUGGUUCCAUAACUACAGGUCCCGGAUGCGCCGAGAGAUGCUGGUGGAGGGAGCUCAAGAUGACACGGAUCUGGAGCAGUGCAUGACCCCGGCUGGCAACUCGCUCAAGGGCCCCCAUCCCCAGAGUCCCGACUCAGAAGAAGAGGACAGGAAACCGACAUUCAGGGAUGCGGAAUGCCAAGGGGGAAAUGAGCUGCGGGUCCAGGUCAAGGAAGAGCAGGUGGAGGCUGGUGAGAAGGAGGCCUGUUCAAACCACAGGGAUCCCAGUAGCCUGCAUGGAGAGACAGAGCCUCUUUCUGGAUCAGUCCUCAAAGAAGAACAGAUGGAAGCAGCAUGUACAGAAGGCCCAAACGAGCCUCCCAGCCUCACAUGGGGCAGCGCCCCGCAUAGCAAAAAUGCUCCCGAUUAUUCCUCUUUGCAUAACCCCCUGGAGUCGGACAGUGGCGAGAGGCCUCACCCUGACCCCAUUAGCUUUAAAUCUGCUUCCGAGUCCUCCCGCUGCAGUUUGGAGGUCUCCCUGAACUCUCCGUCGGCAGCCUCCUCUCCAGGCCUCAUGAUGUCUGUCUCUCCCGUCCCGUCCUCUUCUGCCCCCAUCUCCCCAUCGCCACCAAGCACAGUGGCUGCCAAAGCGCAGAGCUUGAGUCCUGCCACAGACACGGGUUGUGUUGCCCAGAACGCCAGGCUGCCUACGAACAUCCAGCGACGGCACGAGAAGAUGGCAAACCUCAACAGCAUCAUUCACAGGCUAGAAAGGGCAGCUAAUCGAGACGAGGCCCUGGAAUGGGAAUUCUGACGCGAACUCUGUGGGAUGUGCUAACAAAGCAGGGGACCAGAGUGGAGUGUACAUAGAAAUAUAUAUAUAGAAAUAUAUAUAUAUAUGUAUACACACACACAAACACACAUAUAUAUUUUAUUAAUUUCGUCAAGGAUUGAGGAAGAAACAAAAAAACCCAGCUCCAUUUUGUUGGGGGGAAAUUAUUAACAGCGACUCCCAUUAACUCUUUUUUCUUAGCUCCUGGCAGGAAAAUGAAAACUUGACUUUUCAUUUGUUUGUUUUUAAAUGUGAAAGCAAAACAAAACAAAAAAACCCUGGGAACACUUUUAGAAGAAAAAAAUUAAAAUAAUAUUUAUAGACCUCUUUUAGAUAUUUUAAUAAAAGGAACCUUUGGAAUUUAUUAACAGCUCAAGCUGCUUUGAUAUUAAAAGAUAGCUAUAAACUGUAUCAGUUGUGUCAUUAAAUGUCCACUGAAGUCCUGUAGUUUGCCACUGGAUGAGAUUAAAAAUUAAAAAGAUGUAACCCGACUCGUUGAUCAAAGCCAUCGAGAAGCGCCCCGAGACUGAAAUGUUACUACACUUAAAAGUCGCCAGAGGGGGUACAUUUUUCCCCACCUUUGUCUGUAAGACACCUCAUUGCUACGACCUUUCCGGAGACUUGUCUUAUAGUCCGCAAAGACUCUAAAUUUGGAAUCUGCGAUGCCAACCUAAAUCCAUUAUUUAGUUCUGGUGGUAUGUUUUGAAACCCCUUUUUUGUAACGCAGGAAAAAAAAAAGUGUUGCGUGCCGUUGUAUAUGUUGUAGAAAUAUGUUUCCCAUAGCCUUCUUGAACAAGAUGUAGCAUGGUUUCAGAACUGAUUCCUUAGUCCUUAUGCUUCCUCUAGCUAGCAACCCUUGAGAAACCGAAAGAAAGGUACAUGUGAGAAGAAAACUCAAGAAAAAGAAGCGUUCAGCAGCAGCUGGAGGCAAACUUA